AUAACCGGUGUCCUGCCCAGCUCCUGCGACCAGGACGACACCCUGGUCAGUGCGGGCCCUAGACGCGCGCGGAAUGGUGCAGGCCCCCCUGUGGGCAAUGCUGUAGGGACUUCUCGGGUGCGGUUUCCCUCCUCCGAGAGCCGCGACUCCUGGAGAGGCCUCCCCGGGUCGGGCAUGUCGACCGGAACAGGGCACGACGUUUAGCCCGACCAUGAUGGAGAUCCAGCAGCGACACUCCCCUGUCGGGGUGGGACCCCUCGACUUUUCGCGCAGGGGGGUCGCCGAGGCCUCUGCCUUCCGGGUUGUCAAGCCUAAGCAGCUCUCCUCCGCCCUGGUGCAUCGGCAGAACCUGCCGACUGAGGCCAACAACAAUGACUUCAACGAAAGCCCACAGAUUCCCGACGCGGAAGGGGGAUGCAACGUGCGAUUGCUGUUCCCGAGGCUCUGGGCCCCCUUCGGGGGUGCCAACGAGAUGACCGACCUCCCACCCCUGCCGAGGAGUCACUCAGAUCGCCUCUCCUUCGGGGUGGGUCGACUGGUGGGGUCUCCCCCAGCUCGAAGCCGAAGCCCGUCGCCGUCGCGCUCGGCGUCGCCGGACUCGACGCCGGCCGACGGGGCGUCGGGGGCGCCGCGAGAUAUCGAGGUGGACGUCGAGGACGAGGAGGAGGUGGACGUGGACGUGGACGUCGAGGAGGUGGGCGAAGAAGACCGCGGGGAGGGCGGCCCCAGCCCGGCGGCGUCGCCGUCGCCGACGUCGCCGACGGUGGCGCGACCGAAACGAUCAACGGACUCGUUCAGCGUCUCGGCGCUGCUGCGACCGGACCCGCCGUCGGCGCCGCUCCUGGCGUCGCGAGGAGUCUCGCCGGGUCGCGAGGUGGCGUCGGUGGGGGGCCACCCUCCACCCCCCGCGACGGCCCCCUCGGCGAUCCUAUACCCGCCGCUGCACCUGCAGGGUGGCCUGCUCCCCCCGCACCCCCACCACCCCCUCUCGUACCUGCACCCCCAGCUGCUACCUCACCAUCUGCUGCCCCCUCACCUGCACCCCCUGCUCAGGGGAGUCCACCCUGGACACCCUGCCAUCCACUCGGCACACGCCGCGGCCCAUGGACUGCACCACCCCCACCCUCUCGGCGAUGUCUACAGCUGCGUCAAGUGCGACAAGAUGUUCAGCACCCCCCACGGCCUCGAGGUCCACGCGAGGAGGUCGCACAACGGCAAGAGGCCCUUCGCCUGCGAGAUGUGCAACAAGACCUUCGGCCACGAGAUCAGCCUAACGCAGCACAGGGCGGUGCACUCCGCGGAGAAGGUGUUCGAGUGCAAGCAGUGCGGGAAGGCCUUCAAGCGGUCCAGCACCCUGAGCACCCACCUCCUCAUCCACUCGGACACGCGGCCGUACCCCUGUCAGUUUUGCGGGAAACGGUUCCACCAGAAGAGCGACAUGAAGAAGCACACCUACAUACACACAGGCGAAAAGCCGCACAAGUGCCAGGUGUGCGGGAAGGCGUUCUCGCAGAGCAGCAACCUGAUCACCCAUUCGAGAAAGCAUACAGGCUUCAAGCCCUUUGCCUGCGAGCUCUGCGGUCGAGCGUUCCAACGGAAAGUGGACCUUAGGAGGCACCGCGAGACGCAGCACGCCGAUCUAGGGGCCGCGAGCCACCGCCCACCAAUCGGCGCGCUGCCCCAACCGAAUCUGGCCAAUGGGAGCGCGCCGAUUCUCCAGUGAGCCGAGCCUCGUGAUUGGACGGCCGCGGCUCCAAGAGAAAUACUCCAGUCGACCCGCAUCCCGAUCAGGGGAUGAAAAUGUGAAUUUUUACGACAUACGUGAGAGACCGCACACUGAUCUGCCCAUGGAAACGGCAAAAUCGACAGAGAGGAAACUCGGAGUCUAUUAAUUCCUCCUAUCGCGUGAAAUAACUGCUGAUAAUUGAGAUAUAUCUAAGAUUUAGAGAAAAUGAUAAAGGACAGCCUAUCGUUGUUCCGAGUGAAUCGUUAAUCUCCCUCGAAACUGCAAUUCUUAAGGAUCCUUGGCGAAGGAACCGAACGAUCGAAGGAGUUAUUUAUUUUUCUCGGCCGAGGCGAUAGGUUUUCCUUAUCUCGAUUAAAGGGUGCAAUCGUAUCUCUCGGUAGGCCGUAUCGUCCAGCCACAGCUCGGAGGACUUUUCACUCUAAUAACCUGCUAUCUGUCGCUAAUCGAUAAUCUGUACUAUAUCUCUCUCUCUCUCCCUCACCUAUGUAGACACCUCGAAUUACGCGGGAAAGGUCGAUUUAUCGCCAACGGAUAAAAACGGCGGUUCGUUUGGUUACGCAAAAUGGACGAGGCCGCGUGGGCGAAUUUCCUUCCCUUCGCAAAUUUCAGGCCAACAUUGCGCACCCGAAAGUAUUUCCUGUUAAACAAUUCGUUUACUCUUUCCCCUGUUUUUUUUUAAUCCAACCCAGCGUGAACAACCUUUCCCGUGUAUUUCCGCCAUUUCCUCCCUCUCUCUCUCUUCCUCUCUUUCUCCCUAUAUUUUGCAUAUCCUUUUCUAGCAGCUGUUCCGUACGGAGGGCAUCCCCAGUUGCAACUGUGACCAAGAUUGUAAAUAAAAUACCUAGUGUCUAUUCUCGCGUAGCGUUAAGCGUAUAAAUAUAUAAAUAUAAAUAAACAAAACUCUAUACAUAUAUAUAUAUAUACAUAAAUAUAAAUAGAAGGAAGAACAAAUGGAAUCGUUGCACAAACUAGGUGGUGUCCACCGAUUCUCGCCAAAGGAAAGUGACAUUCCUAGUGUAUCCCAUUACCUUCUCAUCUCUUUCGAUCUCUCUCUUCCACUAUUCCUAUCGAUCUCUGUCUCAUCCCCUAUCUCUCUAUCUCGCAUUCUACCAAAGGUUUUAUUGUUGUACUAUUGAUUCCUGUGUAAUUAUUGUAAUUAGACCUCUCUAUUAUUAUUAUAUUAUUAUUAAUUAUUAUUGUCACGAUUAACAAUAAACGCUGUUACCAUUUGUACGCGUUGGUUGCGGACGAGAGCUCUCCACGAUUCAUGUCCUGAAUUCAAUCCCUCAAUUUAAAUCGAAAAAUGUAAUUUUUGUCAAGGGAAGGUUUAGAUUAAUUAAUUUCACCUAGAAAUAUCAUUAAUCUCCUCUUCACUAACAGGGGUUCGUUUAAUGAACAGACCCUCCAUCCUCAACUAAUCACUUGAAAUAAUAACGGAAUAUUAAAUAUUUAUUUAAACCAAGGAAAAUUCAUGUUCGGUCGGAAAAUCAUCACCAGAGAUAAUUGUUUGGGAUUUCUAUUAAAAAAAAAAGAAUGAUAAAUGCAACAACUUUUUAAAAAAAUAUCCAGAAAGCCAUGGGUGGAUAAGGGAAAAUCAGGAAGGGGAGACCUCAGCAUCCUUCGAUGGACCGAUUCCGAGAUCGUCCCAAGUUUCAAGUAUAUCGUAGUCGUUUCUCGCGAGAUUCCAUAAUCAGGAGAACGAAAGCGAUCACGUUUGAAGGCCUCGAAUGAUCCCUGUACUCGAUGGGAAGAGACGCUGCCAAUUAAGGAAACUGCCGACUA